AUGGAUUGGCUGCCUGAGCACCCACCAAACUUCAUGAAGAGACAACGAGAACCUUCUAAGAAGUCAAAGAAGGCCAAGAAAGUAAAACUGGGGGAAACUUCUGCGUCCAGACCUCCGGUCCCUCUGAUUGAAUCACCAAGUAAGUCUUUGCCUCCUCACUCUCGCUCUGUCAAUUUAAAGCAAAUUACUUCUUCUCUUCCCCAAACCAUCCCUAGCUACACUCAUUAUGAACCCCAACCCUAUACCACUAAACCCCCUGAUACUCCAACCCCUAACCCACCAUCACCUCUGUUUCAAAAAUUCAAUCUCUCCACCAUAACCCUACCACCUUCUGAAGCUGAUAUGAUUAACAAACCCAUCUCACUUAUCUCUUCCACACCUUUAUCUCCACCUUACUACAUCUUAUCAUCUGACUUAGAACCCUCUGACCCUCAAUCCCCCACACUGGCCCAACUUCAAGCUCGUGCUCUUGCCACACAACAACAACCUGAACCAGAAGCUACCACUCCACCACCUGAACAACCAAUUCCAUCACCAUCUGAACAACCCCAAACACCACCAUCUGAACAACCCCAAACACCACCAUCUAAACAACCACCAAAUCCACCACCUGCACAACCCACAACACCACCCUCUGAUACUCCCAUCAUACCACCCUCUGAAAACAUUAUCAUCCCUACCUCUCAGACUCCUGUUGACACCAACCAAACACCACCAACAUCCCCAUCCCCCGAUACUGAACCAGAAACCACCUUCCUCACCCUAGAAGAAGCAAUCUCUUUAUUUGUUGAGUCUUCAGUGGAGAAGAUAAGAUCUCUAUCUGUAAGCUCUAGUAUCAGUGAUGAUUCCUCUAUAGUGAGGAUUCACUAG